CGCUCUUAAAAUUCUUCCUCCCCAUGUCAAAGUGAUUUCGCCCAUUUGAGGUCGAGAGUCGGUGAGAAUGCUGGUGUGUACAGGUCGUCUGCUACACGUGGCUCGUGUCCUCUCGUGUCGAGCACGGAUAAAGCAGUUUAUGUCAUCUGUAUCGGGCUCUGGUGAUGAUGACCUGGCGAACGCUAUGGGAAAGAGAGACACCUGGGAGAACUUCUACAAAACGCAGUCUGAACAGGGCACGAAACAGUUCGACUGGUUCGUUGGUUAUGAGGAGAUGGUCGACCUGGUCUCUCCUUACCUGCGCAAACAAAGGAAACCUCACAAAGCACACGUGGUUGCUCUAGACAUUGGGUGUGGCUUAAGCAAUGUAGCGCUUCAGAUGUGCCUUUCCUCCAACGAGCCCAUGAGAAUAGUGUGCGCUGACAUUGUCAUGACGCCCUUGGAAACGAUGCGACAGCAGUACCAGUCCACGAGAGGGGUUGUUAGAAAUUCAGAAUCACACCUUCUGUUUACGAUGGCCGACGCCUCUCAACUUCCGUUUAGAGACGGGUACUUCGAUGUCGUGUUGGACAAGGGCACGACAGACGUUAUUAUAAGGAGCAGCAGAGGCAGUGAUCUAGCGAAGACAGUGGUACAGGAGAGCCUGCGGGUACUCCGGGGCGGGGGGCAUCUCUUACAGUUCUCAGACGAGGACCCGGACAUCAGGCUCACACUACUGAAUGGUGUGACAAGGGGAGUUAGGGCUACAGUAACAUUCAAGGAAAUUUCCACAUCUCAUGGAAUGGAGUAUUUCAUGUAUGUCGUUCAGAAAGAAAAUUAAAGGUGUCACAAUAGCAAAUGUCAACUUGUGGAGAAAAUGCAUUACAUGUAUGUUCUAUCCUUGCAUCCUUGUUUAAAAUACAAGCCCUGAAUAUUAUAUUUUUUAAACAUAGAUUGUGUAAUGUUACGCCUGUUAAUUAGGUGGAGGAGAUAGAUGUAUGCAAAUGAGGACAUUAUCUGCAUAAUUGAUGACAAACACAAUUAGUACACCAGUUGUACAGGUUAAAAUCAUUCGGUGAAGGUAUGGGGUUGUUGAACUCUAGUUUAGGAUGUAUAUGGUUUGGUAAAGAAUACGAACUUGACAUGAGAUAAGGAUUCAGUUUUAUUUCAUCAUGUGAUUUCAUUUAUGUUGGACGUGUGUGAUCCAACUAUUACCUAUCCCUAUGACACAGGUGACGUUCACAUUAUACCUUCAUUUACAAAAGAAGCCAGUUUCACACCGAUCUCUUUUCAUUACUACAAGUUGUCAAUGCUUCCGUCAUAUAUGCCUCAUGUAUAGCUAAAACAAUCAAUAAGACCAUCAUACAUAAUACAAACACUUGAAUUUCAUAUUUCUUGCUACAUUUUGUAUCUAGCUACAUUCCAUUGGCACAGCCAUCAAGAUAAAGAAACAUUUUGGCAAAUAAAAGAAGCAUAACACG